AUGGGAACACAAUUAAAAAGAUCUCAAUCUAAUAAAAAUGAAAAUGGUUCAGAAAAUGGUUCAAUUACAGUUAUCAAUAACUAUAAUGACCUUUCUGCAAGUAGCUUAACAGAAAACAAUAAUGUGGUUUUAUCUCCAUCACUGUUGAUUUCUCCUGUGACUCCACCUAAUUCAAAAAUUAAUUCCGUAGCAAGAAAUCUCUUUCCAUCCAAAUCUCCGGCCAUGCAGCCAAAAAAAGUUGGGUAUGAUAAAACUUCACAGCUAUAUGUCGUUACAAAACUGACAGAAAUGAAUACCAAAAUAAACAAACUCGUUUUGGAUAUGUCUAGGCAAGAGGAAUUACUAAAAUAUGUUUUAAAAAUUGUUGAGUUUCAAGAUAAAAGUAUUGAUGAUAAUGAUGACUAUGGCGAUGAUAUUUUUCCUGAAGGAUUUCCUAUUGACGACUUAGACUCUUUAAGAGAAAUUAAUAUUAGUCUAAAAAAUGAUGAUGUGUUCCGUAAAAAACUGAUAAAAAAGUUAAAAUGCUACCAUGGUUCAAACAUUGGGAAAGUAACUAAAUCAAUUAUGGAUCUAGUAUUUACAAAUAAUCUUGGAAGACAAGUAUCCUUAGCAGGCAAAGGUCCAAUGAACAAAAAAGAAAAGGAACCUCUCAAGUCUUUAUUUCUUUUUAAAAUAAUUAUAAAUGCUAUUCUCAAAAACGUUAAAAAUUCCAGCGUCUCUUCUGCACACAAAGCAGUAUCGGGGUGGCUAAAACAUGCAAAAGAACGGUAUGAAAGACAUAUUGUCAACAACAGUCCAAUUGAUAAUUCUCAAGACUCUUAA